AUGCCAACACAAAAAUUAAUCAUACCUCAGCAAAAUGCACCCCCAUUAAGUAGGCAUGAUUUAUCCGCUGACGGAUCUUCUGUUCCUUCGUCGUCUACCAACAGUGUAGAUCACCAUAAAAAUUAUCAGUCACUACAAGAUGUUCAAGAUGCUUCUUCAACAGAUUCAGAUGCUACAGUUUCUUCAGAAACAUCUCCUCAAAAGCCUACAAGACAACAAUAUACACUCCGGGACCAGCUGGAUGGGUUCCCGUUCUGGCAAAUGUUUGUCAUUAUGACUGUGCGUUUUUCAGAACCUGUAAGCAUGACGUCCUUAUUCCCAUAUGUAUACUUUAUGGUAAAACAUCUCCGACCCCAAGGAAGCGAAGCUAGCAUAUCCCGAUAUGCCGGAUACAUUAGUGGUAGUUUUGCUUUAUGCCAGGCCCUUACUGGUGUUCACUGGGGACGAUACUCUGAUAAAUAUGGUCGCAAGCCUAUCCUACUUAUUGGAAUGUUAGGAACUUGUAUCUCACUAUUUUGGUUUGGUACCACUCAAUCCUAUCACAUGGCUAUGAUUGCCCGCUGCUUAGGAGGUGUUCUUAACGGUAAUGUAGGUGUUAUCAGGACAUCUAUUGGCGAAAUCGCACCCAAAAGACAGCAUCAAGCUCUGGCAAUGUCUACCAUGUCGUUGCUAUGGCAGCUUGGUUGUGUUAUCGGACCGAUGAUUGGAGGUUCAUUAGCCGACCCCAUAAUAAACCAUCCCGGAUGGUUCUCAGAAGACAGUCGCUGGAAAAAAUUAUUUGAAAAGUGCCCAUUUUUACUUCCCAAUAUUGUAACUUCUACUCUUCUAUUUUUCAGUUUAAUUUUGGCAUUUUUAUUUUUAGAAGAAUCCCAUCCUGAUUAUUUGGGACGUAAUAAAUACGACCCUGGCUUGGCUGUUGGUGAUGCAAUUAUCCAAUUUUUGACGUUUGGAAAAUUCAACCCUGCAACUGCCAGAAAUGAACGGUUCCAAAAGAAACUUAGAGACGAAGAGCAGGCUGCUUCUGUUCUAUCGGCAGAAUCUGACGAUUCUAAAAAAUCAAACGCUAACAGUACCCAGUCAACUGAAUCCACCAAUUUACUACAACGCGUUGACGAUGUUGUUGAAGAGGAUAUGGAAUAUAUUAGCGGUGAAUUCACUAAUCAUGAUCAUGUUCAUCAUCAUUCAAUUACUGCAGAAAACACAGUCUCCAACUAUGGCUCUUUAGGCCAAUUACAGCAACAACCAUCGUCACCUACUGCAGAAUCAAUCAGCAGCACCAGCAAAGAAGAUCGCAGCGCUAACGGAACCUUUUUUGAAGCUCUUACACCCGCGGUUUUAGCUACAAUGUCUAUGUAUUUUUUGAUUGCUCUACAAACUGUUGUGUUUGACGAAAUGCUUCCACUCAUGGCAUCUACUCCGCCAGUUUUGGAUCCUGCCCUAGGAGGGCCAAGCAAACUUCCAUUUCACUUUGUUGGUGGUCUUGGUUUAACUUCGGUUCAAGUAGGAAACCUUUUAUCUAUGACGGGUCUUGUGGGCACAUUUUUGGUCAUGUUCUACUUCCCAUAUGUUGAUGGUAAAUAUGGCACAUACGGACCAUUUUGCCUAGUCAAUAAGUUGUUCCCUCUAGUGCAUUUCCUUAUGCCGUUUUCUUUAUUAUUAGUGGGCGCACCUCCAGAAAGCGCAGUAGCAAAAGGUAUUGCUUGGGUUCAAAAGAAGGCUGUUGAUCAUGGAUUUACCCCUCCAAUGUACGCUUUGCUUGGAAUUAUGAUGAUAAAGACUCUUUUGAUGGCCAUUGCAUUCCCUGCAGUCAUGCUUCUCAUCAACAGAGCAAUCCCAAAUAGAAAGCAUACUGGCGGUAUCAAUGGCUUAUCACAGAUGUUUGCUGCUACUGCAAGAGCAAUAGGUCCUAUUCUCUGGGGGUUAAUCAUGACCAAGGGCCAGGAAUGGCAGCUUGCAGGACUUCCCUGGUGGUUGUUGACAGUAGUCUGCUUCGGAGCUUUUGGGUUUAUCAAAAUACUGGAUAGAUAUCGUGACGUUUUUGAAAAAGAUAAAUAA